AUAUAAUAUUAAUUCUUAUUGUUAAUUAUUCCUACGAGGUUAAAAAUAGCUAAUUAACAACCAAAUAAGGCAGAAAAUAAUUGGCACAUCUCAAGAAUGUAGAUAAACUAUAAAUAAUAUUCAAAAUGUGGUUUAGCAUAAAUUAGUAUAAACCCCAAAAUUAACUCAUUUAAUUAAUUUGGAAAGUUAAGGAAAGCUAAUUUUCUACCAAGGAAUUAGACCAAAGACUCAAUUAGACAAACUCGACCACUUAUACCACCUUACGGACAAAUACAUUAACAUAUAUUAUAGAUAUAGUAACAAUGUCCGACACGGAAAUAGAAAAAAGUUACAUAUAAAUAUUAUAGAUAUAGAUGCCAAUAAUUAAGGAGAGAAACAAAAGACAGAAACAAACAAAAACAAUUAACAUCAGCUGGCAAGAGGAAGACUUGGUGCCUCAACAUGCCUCCCAAACGACAGGCUAGGAAAGGGCCACCACCAAAGCCAAUAGUUAAAGACAACAGUGAAGUAGAUCAAAAUGAGGAAGAUGUGUUUGACAAGUUCAGCCUUGAGUUAAGAUGGUGUGUAGAGCAGAUAGAACUGGCCUUAGAGAAGAAGAAGGGGUCGGCAAAACAAGAUGAAAAUAUGCAAAAGUCUCGUAAGACAUUGACCAGCAGUAAGACACCAGUCAUUAAGAAGAGGCAGGUAAUGAAUGCCUUAUUUGGGGAUUACCGGAAGAAGAUGGCCGAAGAGGAGAAGAAAUUUAAGAUUGAACAACCAAAAAUGAAAACCAAGUGUGUCAUUCCAAAUAACUCAAUAUAUAUUAAGAAAUCAAGUGAACAAAAUUGUCACCUCAAUCAGGAGGAAAACAUGACACAGAGUCCCCCAGAAGUACCUGCUGUUGGGGAUGUUCCUCACGGUCAGUCUGACUUAGAAACAAGAAGUUGUGAUAGUACAGCUGGUGAACAUCCUGCGGACAAUAUCAAACUGGAUAAUUUUAAGUUUAAACCAACUGAAAAUUCUUUUAGAUUUAAUUUUUCUGUUUCAUCAUAAAUCAUAGUUUCAUUAAAUAAAAUAUUUUUUAAGA